AUGGCGCCAUGCAAUCGUGAUCAUCCCGGUGUGGAGAGGCGCAGUGCCAAUGGGGCUUCGUCAGGCUCGAGUCAGAACCCGUUGAUCGGUCACGUUCGUCGACAUUUACGCAACGCGGCUGGUACAGUGGAUCCGAAACUGGCUCAUGAACGCCAGAGGGAGAAAUACGAGCGCCGCAUCCACGAGGAGCUCAGUCGAUUGUUACACAUGGAAGAGGAGGCAUUUUUCUACUUCUCCCCUGGCGGUGGAGAUGUGACUAGUUGGACGCAACGAAAACAUGCAUCCAAUUACUGGACCGGUCUGUCCGAUCCCACCGCUCCAGAAUCCGAUGGAUCGGACACAAACUGGACCCCACAAACACGGCCCAGUUGGCGUCAACCCGUUUGGCGUCGAGCGGAUCAUCGCUUUUUCUGGAAUUCUCACAUAAUGACGGAGGCUAUUCAGGAUGCAGAUCGGGUUCUUCGCUCGCAGGGUUUUCCCGACUACGGGGCCGAACCGCGACUGGAUGUGCAAAGCGGUCUGUUUGAAUCGCAGAUAUCCGACCUGGAAGGUCUCAUCACACCGAUCAUUCAGGGUUAUGUGGAAAUGGAGAAGCUCUCCUUACUUCCUACCACAUCUGUUUCCGGUGCAAAGAAACCAGUUCCGGUUGUCACACAACACCCCACCUCCGUCCCUUCCAGCCAUCAAAAUGAACAACGUGAAGUCACCGUGUACUAUUCCCCCAUGGGACGUGAUCCGAGCCUGGAAGAUCGUGGUUCUGUCGUUUUCCACGGUUUGAACGACGCACCGCCCCAACCAGAAACAAUGCCCACUCCGAAUUUGUCCUUGUCUGACUAUCCGGACACCAAGGAUUUUGGUGUCUCAUCCUGCCUGGACGAUGUCUCCGAACUGGUCACUUCAGUGGCCACGGUAACAGAGCCGUUUGAGCCCCGAACACCAAUCGAAGCACCCACCGGUCCAGGUGUUUUCCAGCCUCUGUCGACCAGAAAAUCAUCCAGUAUGGGUAAUAUUACUGUGGUUCUAAUCUCACGUCGAAGUCGUUUUCGAGCAGGCACUCGGUACCGAAGACGUGGAAUCGACCAUGACGGACAUGUGGCAAACUAUGUGGAAACGGAACAGGUUAGUCAACCUUAA